AUGUUCGCCCGUCUGACGCGUCUCCCACUCCGCCGCUCCCUCCACACCUCCGCCUCUCCCGCCGCUGCGCCCUGGGUCCGCAGUCGCGUCGCGUACGGUGUAGGCGCCGCCGUGACCGCGUCCUACCUGGCAUGGAGGUUACAUGCUGAUAGGAUAGCACUGGAUAGUGCCGAAGCCGAAGACCCCGUCGCUGCCGCGGAGAGGGUGCUCGGCACGUCCAGGGCUGGGCUGAAGGAGACUCUGACUUCCCCUGUCUCCUCCCCGGCACCUGCUUCCGAUGAGCCGGCACCAACUUCCCAGUCUUCAGAGGCUUCCACCGACUCCGAGCCCCCACAGACGCCGUCAGAUGCGGAGGCGACCGUUGAGGCCAAGGCUGAGGAAGCUUCCGCAGCCGGCGGUGCUUACGACCCCAACACCGGUGAAAUCAACUGGGACUGCCCUUGUCUCGGUGGUAUGGCACACGGGCCUUGUGGCGAGCAGUUCAGGGCUGCCUUCUCCUGCUUCGUGUUUUCCGAAGCCGAGCCUAAGGGCAUCAACUGUGUCGACGCGUUCAGGACAAUGCAGGACUGCUUCCGGGAGCACCCAGACGUCUACGCGGAUGAAAUUCGCGAUGACGAGGAGGAAGCACCGUCAGAGCCUGAGCGCAAGUUCCACAACAUUCACUCUGAGGAUGUGGACUUCUAGACAGCCAACAGGCCCUAUCUAUUCAGUAAUUACUAUCCUGUUAAUAUCAGGGCUAUACAAGUCUUGUCCCCCCUCA